AUGUUGACCACAGAGCAGAGAGGAGAGCUGCCCAAGACCAUGACUGACAUGUACUCUCACUUCCUGCUGGUCCAGACCAGGAGGAAGAAGAACAAGUACCAUGAAGGACAUGGGAGGAGUCCACAGGAGCUGAUGGAGGCUGACAGGGAAGUUCUCCUGAAGCUGGGGAGGCUAGCGUUGGAACAUCUGGAGAAAGGAAACAUCAUGUUCUACCAAGAAGACCUGCAGCAGUGUGAUCUGGAUGUCACAGAGGCCUCGGUGUACUCAGGAGUUUGUACAGAGAUCUUCAAGAGAGAGAGCAUGAUCUUGCAGAAAGCAGUCUACUGCUUUGUUCAUCUGAGCAUUCAGGAGUUUCUGGCUGCAGUCUACAUGUUCCACUGCUUCACCAGCAGGAACACACAGGUGGUGAAGAACUUCCUGGGAGAUAAAUACAGUAAAACAUCUCUGGAUGAGUUCCUGAGGAGAAUCAUGGAUAAAUCCCUCAGCAGUGAAAAUGGCCACCUGGACCUGUUUGCUCGCUUCCUUCAUGGCCUCUCUGUGGAGUCCAACCAGAGACUCUUAGGAGGCCUGCUGGGUCAGACAGAGAACAGUCCAGGAACCAUCCAGAGAGUCAUCACCAACCUGAAGGAGAUGAACACUGAUUAUAUUUCUCCUGACAGAAGCAUCAAGAUCUUCCACUGUCUGAUGGAGAUGAAGAACCUCUCAGUUUAUCAGGAGAUCCAACAGUUCCUGAAAUCAGAGAACAGAUCAGAGGAGCUCUCUUUGUUCCAGUGUUCAGCUCUGGCCUACAUACUGCAGAUGUCAGAGGAGUUUCUGGAUGAGUUGGACCUGGAGAAGUACAACACAUCAGAAUCAGGACAACAGAGACUGGUUCCAGCUGUGAGGAACUGCAGAAAGGCUCGACUAGUGGGCUGUAGGCUCUCACCGACUGAAUGUGAAGUUGUGGCCUCAGCUCUGAAGUCCAACCCUUCCCUGACUGACCUGGAAAUAGAUCAUAUCUAUGGAGGGAGAACCUUUGGAGACUCUGAGAUGAAGCGUCUCUACGCUGUCAGGCUGGGAGGAACGUGUCUGUCCCAGGUAGUGGCAGAGAAGUGGCCAGACCACAUGUCUCUCCACAUAAAGGUGCUGAAGCUGACUCAGCAUUUUGCUCCUCUGCUGCGGGACCAGCAGCUUCUGAUCCACACCGACAACAGGGUCACAGCAGCGGCAUAA